UUAAAUUUCACGGAUUUUUCUCCUCCUCUCCGUCCUCUGUGUAAUCUACAUUCCUACUAUCAGUACGUUAGGAUCUGCAAAGGUCGCGUUUAGACUUCAUUCACCCUCUCAUCUUUUUCUUUUCCCCUCGUAGGCAGACAUGGACGAUUUCAAUGCGAUGAACACGUCAGAACCAGCUUCCGCGAAUGGAGUUGGGACGGAGGAAGACCCUGCUGCUGCUUUCUUGGCCCAGCAAGAGAGCGAGAUCGCUGGGAUAGAAAACGAUGAAGGUUUCAGCAUCCUGGACAGCGGCGAGGUCCAGUCCCCACUCGGUAACAACAUAACAGAUGCAGUCGAUGGAGCGGUGAACGGGGAACUUCAAGAGGAGAGUAAUGGCCCCUCUGACACUUACGCGGCCAUCUCGCACGCUGACCGCCUGCAGGCUGAGCCCGAGAGCCUGCGCAAGUGGAGGGAGGAGCAGCAGGAUCGCCUGGAGGUCCUGGACGCCAGCUCUCGCACUCAGGAGGAGCAGUGGAAGGAGAAGGCCAAGGAGGAGCUACAGGAGUGGUACACCAGACAAGAGGAGCAGCUGGAAAAGACCAAAGUCAACAACAGGGUGCUGGAUGAAGACUUCUACAAACAGCCCUUCUCUGAGCUGAUUGGUUAUGUCACACACAUUAACCAUCCUUGCUACCGCCUAGACCAGGCGGCGGAGGAGGCCAUGACAACCGAGAUCGACGAGGGUAACCCGGGGACGGAGUGGGAGCGCGUGGCGCACCUGUGCGACUUCAACCCCAAGUCCAGCAAGCAGGCCAAGGACGUGUCCCGCAUGAGGUCCGUCCUCAUCUCCCUCAAACAGUCGCCCCUCGUGCACUGAUCCUGCCCCCUCCCCCCGGCGCGGAGAGCGGCCAAUCGCGCCGCAGCUCUCCGCAGGCCUCCGCCCAUCUCCUCUGCCCGUACGCGGUUGCGGUCCCAACCAACCGACUUCAUUCUCCCGUCAGAACAAAAAAAACGGCACGCGACAAAAAAAGAAAUUGUGACUGAAUUAUUUUCUUAUUCCUUUAAACCAAAUUAUCGAUGUGUUAUUGUUUGGACCAAACUCCCAAUGUCCCGUUUUGACAUUCGAUAAUGUGUGGUAUUGUGGCAUUUUUACAAACUAUGCAUUUCCCCAUCAGUACUCCAGGAAUGAAGUAGUCAAGUGUGCUGUACUUGUACCUGCAUGUACAUAUAUGGCGUGUAUGUCAAUGUAUAUAGGCUUUAUAUACAAAAGCAGUGAAGAUCAGAGAUAGAAAUAUAAUGGUUUAAUUCAGGGGUAGAGAAACGUAUGUUCCAUGUACAUUCCCCAUCCUGUCAUCAGUGUCAUUAAAAGUGUGUGAAACCUUUA